AUGCCUGAGCAGUCGCCAUCGGUAUCAACGGCUUCGGCCGCAUCGGCCGUCUCGUCGCCCGCGCUGCCAUUGAAAACCCCAAGACCAAGGUUGUGGCCAUCAACGACCCGUUCAUGGACCUGGAGUACAUGGCGUACCUGUUCAAGUACGACUCGACCCACGGCAAGUUCGACGGCUCCGUGGAGACCAAGGACGGCAACCUGGUUGUGAACGGCGAGGUGAUCCACGUGUUCGCUGCGCGCAACCCGGCGGAGAUCCCGUGGGGCAAGGCCGGUGCCACGUACGUGUGCGAGUCGACUGGUGUGUUCACGACGACUGAGAAGGCCCAGUCCCACAUCGAGGGUGGCUGCAAGAAGGUGGUGAUCUCGGCCCCGCCAAAGGAUUCGACGCCCAUGUACGUGAUGGGUGUGAACCACAAGGAGUACGACGGCUCGGCCCCGGUGGUGUCGAACGCUUCGUGCACGACGAACUGCCUUGCGCCGCUGGCCAAGGUGAUCAACGACAAUUUCGGCAUCGUGGAGGGUCUGAUGACGACGGUGCACGCGACGACGGCGACGCAGCUGCCUGUGGACGGCCCUGCUAAGGGCGGCAAGGACUGGCGUGGUGGCCGUGGCUGCGGCCAGAACAUCAUCCCGUCGUCGACGGGUGCCGCCAAGGCCGUGGGUAAGGUGUUGCCUGUGCUGAACGGCAAGCUGACGGGCAUGGCGUUCCGUGUGCCUACGCCGGAUGUGUCUGUGGUGGACCUGACGUGCCGUCUGGAGAAGGCUGCGUCGAUGGACGCGAUCAAGGCCGCUGUGAAGGCCGCUUCGGAAGGCGAGCUGGCCGGCAUCCUCGGCUACACGGAGGACCAGGUGGUGUCGAACGACUUCCUGCACGACAAGCACUCGAGCACGUUCGACGCUGAUGCCUGCAUUGCCCUGAACGACCACUUCGUGAAGCUUGUGGCUUGGUACGACAAUGAGUGGGGCUACUCGAACCGUCUGGUUGACCUUGUGCUGCACAUGGCUACGGUUGACAACUAUUAA